AUGACCAAAUUUGCCCGUCUGGGGUUAGAUCGUAAGUUAUUGCUUUAUACACCGGUGAAAGGGCUAUGGGUGAAGGCCGUGACAAGGGAUAUUCUUCUUCUUCUUCUUCUUCUUCCUCUUCUUCUUCCUUCUGCUCGGAGGAUUUGGGAAGGGAGGGGGUGGAGGGGGGGGGGUCUGACACCGCCUUGCUGGACUGAGGUGGGUAGUUGUGAGUUAGGCCAGAUAGUGGAAGUUUUUCUUUUUCAGUGAUUUUCUCUCCCUUUCUUUCCCCUUCUAGCGGGAAUCGAAGGUACGGGAGGGUUCCGGUGUCAUGCCGUUCGUUCAGUCCCUUCCAUACACAUUCUCGGUACCUUUACCUUAGCUUUUUACGGUGCCGUAGAGUUGUACGGGUUGCGAAAUAAGGUGGGUUUAGCUUGACACAAAAAAUAAUACCAAAGUGACACGGGUACAAAGUAAUAUCACAAAAAGACCGUGGACUACCUACCCUAUAGCGCCUGGCAAUAUAUAUGUGCAACAGCGGCGUACUUAUCAUCAUUCUGAUACUUCUGAGAACAAAUGAUGAUCCUGUGAGUUCGUCUGUCGGUGUGAGACAUGCAGAUUUUCCCAUAACACUUCUCUCCUCUGGUGGCCAGCUUUGUGUGACUGCAGCUCGGCUUUCAGAGCUUUUUACGCCCCGCACCUCGUCGGCACCACAACAUACCAAAUGGCGGAGAGAAAGAAAGCAGCUAAUGCCUUUGACGAGCUCGCAACUUUUAUCGGUAGCGGCGUCACGUCUACGGAUAUCCAGGUGAGUUGAGCUCUGAGAAUAGAGCCUUUCCCCCCCCCCACCCUCUUCCACCUCUUCUCCCUCCUUUUCCACUUGCUGAGAGAAGCGUCCUUUCUUUCCCUUUUUCCCUUUCGCAGGCCGUGUACCGAGACUAUUGGGAGGUUCCUGGGAAACGUUGGAUAAACGUGGACCAAGGCACCAGGAACGAGAUUUCGGAUAAAUUCUACGCAAUGAUUAGACGAGGGAAACAUUUAGACCCCGAUCAGUUGGACCGUUUGAUACGAGACGCCGGGCAGCAGAGCUGGAGGAACAGGGACAAGGGGAUCCGGAGGAGGGCUCAGAAGCAAAAGGCCGGAGGUGAUGGACCAUCGUCGUCGAAGGGUAAGGUGUUCGUCGCUGGCGCUUGGGAAUGAGAAAUUGACUUGACAUCAGCUCCUGGAGACCCGGAAUCCGACGGGGAGGGCGAGCAAUACCCGAAGGAGACGCCGGAGCCUGUGCCCAAAAACGAGCAGCAGAGUCCCACGGGCAGCAGUCAAGACCGACUACUGGGUCAGGAAACGAAGGAGGAGAGGCCUAGGAGGGUUUGGGAGUUAUAGAUUUCUUACGGGAAGAUUUGGAAUGAAUGAAAGAAUGGAAGGGUUGGAGUCUUGGGAUUCAAAGAGCGGUUGAUAUAUC